UGUCUCAUUCUAUCCAUCCAAAAAUAGAGUAGAAUCCUAAAAUGCUUAUCAAAUACUUGAUUGCUUCUAGUCCCUCUAUUAAAUACAUUUUUGCUUAGAUACAUCUAUCAUAUAUACUUCUUGGCUUAAAAAAAAAAAGCAUACACAAAAAAACCAACGCUCCCAAGCAAUUAUUUAUGCAUUUGGUCCACACACUCAGCUUGAGAAACACUGACUCAGAUUUCGGAAAUGCUAUUGACCUGAAAACAUCUCAUGAAGUUAUUAGUUUGGACGCGUGGUGGCGGUACAGGCUAAGAGAGUGGAUGAAAGCUCUGCAGAUUCCGUGGACUCCGUUUCACCCAGAAGCCAAGUAAAAAUACAGACCACAUUUACAGCUAAAGCUGAGAUAGACUUGUCUAGGAGGACAGUCAUCGCCGGACAAGUUAUAAGAACGAAUUUAAAAAUUUCUAGCAAAGACAUCUCCGAGAAUCGACUGGGAUGUGGUGAUUGGGAGCUGAAAAGGAUUUUUCUUCUGGAAUCAGACAUAACAAUAGACAUGAAGCAAACUAAAGCACAUAACAAGAAAAGGCAAGUGACGUUCUUCAUUUUAUUGGUGCUUUGGGGAGAGGUGGGUUCUGAAUCGAUUCAGUAUUCCGUAUUGGAGGAGACAGAAAGUGGCACAUUUGUGGCCAACUUGACAAAGGAUCUGGGACUGAGGGUGGGGGAGCUGGCUGCACGAGGCGCCCGGGUUGUUUUCAAAGGGAACAGACAACAUUUGCAGCUGGAUCCACAGACCCAUGAUUUACUGCUAAAUGAAAAAUUGGACCGGGAGGAGCUGUGUGGCCCCACUGAGCCGUGUGUGCUACCUUUCCAAGUGUUACUGGAAAAUCCCUUGCAGUUUUUUCAGGCUUCCUUGCUAGUCAGAGAUAUAAAUGACCACGCCCCGGAAUUCUCUGCCGGAAAAAUGCUCCUGAAAAUAUCAGAAAUUACUACGCCUGGAAAGAUAUUUCCUUUAAAAAUGGCACAUGAUUUAGACACUGGCAGCAACGGCCUUCAGAGCUACACAAUCAGCUCCAACCCUCACUUCCAUGUUCUCACCCGGAAUCGCAGCGAAGGCAGGAAGUUCCCGGAGCUGGUGCUGAACAAACCGCUGGACCGCGAGGAGCAGCCCCGACUCAGGCUAACGCUCACCGCGCUGGAUGGCGGGUCUCCGCCCAGGUCAGGGACCUCUGAGAUUCAGAUCCAGGUUUUGGACAUCAAUGACAACGUCCCCGAGUUUGCUCAGGAGCUCUAUGAAGCGCAAGUCCCUGAGAACAACCCCCUGGGCUCUCUAAUUAUUACCGUCUCAGCCAGAGAUUUAGAUGCAGGAUCGUUUGGGGAGGUAUCUUACGCCCUGUUUCAAGACGAUGAUGUCAACCAACCAUUCGAAAUAAACGCAAUCACAGGAGAAAUUCGGCUGAGAAAGGCUUUGGAUUUUGAGGAAGUUCAGUCAUAUGACGUGGAUGUUGAGGCGACAGAUGGCGGAGGCCUAACAGGAAAAUGCUCUUUAGUCGUCAGGGUCCUGGACGUGAAUGACAACGCCCCUGAAUUGACCAUGUCGUUCCUCAUCAGCCCCAUCCCAGAAAACUUGCCAGAGAUCAUAGUGGCAGUUUUCAGUGUUUCAGAUGCAGACUCUGGACAUAACCAACAGGUUAUUUGUUCAAUAGAAAACAAUCUUCCCUUUCUACUAAGACCUUCCAUGGAGAAUUUCUACACCAUAGUAACAGAAGGCGCGCUGGAUAGAGAGACCAGAGCCGAGUACAACAUCAUUAUCAUCGUCACAGACUUGGGGACACCCAGGCUUAAAACCGAGCACAGCAUAACCGUGCGGGUCUCCGACGUCAAUGACAACGCCCCCGCCUUCACUCAAACCUCCUACACCCUCUUCGUCCGCGAGAACAACAGCCCGGCCCUGCACAUCGGCACCGUCAGCGCCACAGACAGAGACUCAGGCACCAACGCCCAGGUCACCUACUCGCUGCUGCAGCCCCAGGACCCGCACCUGCCCCUCGCCUCCCUGGUCUCCAUCAACGCGGACAACGGACACCUGUUCGCCCUCCGGUCGCUGGACUACGAGGCCCUGCAGGCGUUCGAGUUCCGCGUGGGCGCCACAGACCGCGGCUCCCCGGCGCUGAGCAGCGAGGCGCUGGUGCGCGUGCUGGUGCUGGACGCCAACGACAACUCGCCCUUCGUGCUGUACCCGCUGCAGAACGGCUCCGCGCCCUGCACCGAGCUGGUGCCCCGGGUGGCCGAGCCGGGCUACCUGGUGACCAAGGUGGUGGCGGUGGACGGCGACUCGGGCCAGAACGCCUGGCUGUCGUUCCAGCUGCUCAAGGCCACGGAGCCCGGGCUGUUCGGCGUGUGGGCGCACAAUGGCGAGGUGCGCACCGCCAGGCUGCUGAGCGAGCGCGACGCGGCCAAGCACAGGCUGCUGGUGCUGGUCAAGGACAAUGGCGAGCCUCCGCGCUCGGCCACCGCCACGCUGCACGUGCUCCUGGUGGACGGCUUCUCCCAGCCCUACCUGCCGCUCCCGGAGGCGGCCCCGGCCCAGGCCCAGGCUGACUCGCUCACCGUCUACCUGGUGGUGGCGUUGGCCUCGGUGUCGUCGCUCUUCCUGUUCUCGGUGCUCCUGUUCGUGGCGGUGCGGCUGUGCAGGAGGAGCAGGGCGGCCUCUGUGGGUGGCUGCUCGGUGACCGAGGGUCCCUUUCCAGGGCAUCUGGUGGACGUGAGCGGCACCGGGACCCUGUCCCAGAGCUACCAGUACGAGGUGUGUCUGACGGGAGGCUCCGCGACAAGUGAGUUCAAGUUCCUGAAGCCGAUUAUCCCCAACUUCUCUCCUCAGGGCACUGAGAGAGAAAUAGAAGAAACCCCCACCUUUCGGAAUAGCUUCCCAUUCAGUUAA